GGCAUUUAAAUUUUCUCUAUAAAUAUCUUUCUUUUCCAAUCAUCCUGGAUAUCAGUCCUACACACACAUUUCCACUACCUCCUCUCUGCUUUUCUUUCUUCUUCUGCCCAACUCUUUCUCCAAUUUACGGCGACAACCACCAAAGUCGAAAUACGCUGUGAUGGUGGUGUCUUCUGCGGACCAAUCGGAGCAUCUGAACCAACAAGUAAGCAUGGAAGAAACAGCCGACCCACCGUUCGAGAAAACGUACAAGAGUCUUUUCAGCAACUUGACCGCCACAGCGCCGCCGCAGAAGAUGAACCUGAUGCCGGAGCUUUCGUCGGUGGAGGAAUGCGAGCUCCCGCUGAUCGAUCUCAGGCGGCUGAGCCUCGGAGAAUCCGAGGCCGCAGCCUGCAGGAAGCAGAUUGCUAGGGCUUCGUCGGAGUGGGGUUUCUUCCAGGUGGUCAACCACGGAAUCUCCGGCGAGGUGAUGGAGAGAAUGAGGGGCGAACAGAAGAAGCUGUUCAAGAAGCCGUUUCACGAGAAGAAGAACUACAAGGAUUUGAAUUUCUCCGCCGGAAGUUACCGUUGGGGCACUCCGUCCGCCACGUGUCUGAAGCAGCUUUCUUGGUCGGAAGCUUUUCAUGUAUCGCUGAGUGAUGUCAUUGGCUCAGGUGGCAUCGACAGUCUCAGUUCAAUAAUGGAGCAAUUUGCGGUAAUGGUGUCCGAUCUAUCACAAAAGCUAGUAGACAUACUAGCAGAAGAAAUGGGGGAGAAGUCGUGUUUCUUCAAAGAAACGUGUUUGCCGAGCACUUGCUACCUCCGAUUGAACCGAUACCCACCUUGCCCGAUAUACCCUCAGAUGUUCGGGAUAAUGCCCCACACCGAUAGCGACUUUAUCACCGUCUUACAUCAAGACCACAUCGGAGGUUUGCAACUUGUCCGAGAUGGCAAGUGGUUCGCCGUUAAGCCCAAUCCCGACGCCCUCAUCAUCAACAUCGGAGAUUUAUUUCAGGCGUGGAGCAAUAACGUGUAUAAAAGCGUUGAGCACCGGGUUGUUGCUAAUCCAUUGAACGAGAGAUUUUCGGCCGCGUAUUUCUUUUGCCCGUCUUACGAUACGGUAAUCGAGAGUGGAAUCGAGCCGUGUGUUUAUCGAAGCUUUAGCUUUGGGGAAUACAGAAAACAAGUGCAAGAAGAUGUCAAGCUUUUCGGACACAAAAUUGGACUGCCGAGGUUUCUCGUGAAAACUCACUAGGCAUAAUAAAAUACAUACACGUUUUUUUUUUUUUUUUUUUUUUUUUGGUUUAUUAUUAUCAUAUAGAAGAAAUUAAAUAGAUUGAUAGUAUGAUAUCGAAAUGUUUGCAAUGUACAAUUGUAGAAAUAUUUAUAGGUUGCUGGAAAUUUUUACUAGAUUAAUUGAAGAAAAAUAUAUAUAUGCAACUUCAUACUUUAAAAAU